CCCUGCCGCCCGCCCCUCGCCGUGAGGAGGAGGUGGAGGAGGAGGAGGCGGCUCGGGGAGAUCGAGCAGCUAGCUGGAGCGCGGAGCGUGAGUGAGGGAGCAGAGCAGCCUGCCCGCCCGCCGCCGCCUCCCCUCCGUAAGCAGGAGCCCGGGCCGGGGCCCGGCACGCAACCCCAGCCCCUCCCUCGUCGUCAGGCCGCGAGGGCAGCGCGCGCGAGCCAGGGGGAGGGAAAGCGAGCGAGCGCCGGGAGGAGGCGGCCGGACCGAGCGAGCGCCCGCGCGUGUGGCGUGAGGGGAAGCCGCUGCCCGCCCCCUUCGCCUUCCCUUCUCUCCCCCUCCCCGCUCCCCCCCCGACCGCGGAGAGCACCAUGUCGGCGCCGGCGGCCAAAGUCAGUAAAAAGGAGCUCAACUCCAACCACGACGGGGCCGACGAGACCUCAGUGUGCUCCAAAGUCGUGCGGGGCCGCCUCUUGAGAUCAGCCCGCCUGAAAUUGGGUUGGAGGGGCGAGAAAGGUCGGAUUCGAAUCCGGGGGUUCAUAUUCUUAGAAGAAAAAGAACAGCAAGAAGCAAUUGAACAUAUUGAUGAAGUACAAAAUGAAAUAGACAGACUUAACGAACAAGCCAGUGAGGAGAUUUUGAAAGUAGAACAGAAAUAUAACAAACUCCGCCAACCGUUUUUUCAGAAGAGGUCGGAAUUGAUCGCCAAAAUCCCAAAUUUUUGGGUAACAACAUUUGUUAACCAUCCACAAGUGUCUGCACUGCUUGGGGAGGAGGAUGAAGAGGCGCUGCAUUAUUUGACAAGAGUUGAAGUGACAGAAUUUGAAGAUAUUAAAUCAGGUUACAGAAUAGAUUUUUAUUUUGAUGAAAACCCUUACUUUGAAAAUAAAGUUCUCUCCAAAGAAUUUCAUCUGAAUGAGAGUGGUGAUCCAUCUUCAAAGUCCACUGAAAUCAAAUGGAAAUCCGGAAAGGAUUUGACAAAACGUUCAAGUCAAACUCAGAAUAAAGCCAGCAGGAAGAGACAGCAUGAGGAACCAGAAAGCUUCUUCACCUGGUUUACUGAUCAUUCUGAUGCAGGUGCAGAUGAGUUAGGAGAGGUCAUCAAAGAUGAUAUUUGGCCAAAUCCAUUACAGUACUACUUGGUUCCAGACAUGGAUGAUGAGGAAGGGGAAGGAGAAGAAGAUGAUGAUGAUGAUGAAGAGGAAGAAGGAUUGGAAGAUAUUGAUGAAGAAGGGGAUGAGGAUGAAGGUGAAGAAGAUGAAGAUGAUGAUGAGGGGGAGGAAGGAGAGGAAGAUGAAGGAGAAGAUGACUAAUGGAACACUGAUGGAUUCCAACCUUCCUUUUUUAAUUUUCUCCAGUCCCUGGGAGCAAGUUGCAGUCUUUUUUUUUUUUUUUUCUCCUUCUCCUCUUGUGCUCAGUUGCCCUGUUUCUGAGGUCUCUUUUCUCCUUUAUACCAUGGCUCACAACUUAUUUUGGGGGGAAAUACCUUGAGCAGAAUUCAGUGGGAAAAGAAUCUCUACCCUUUUCUGUUCCAAAUUCAUUUUUAUCCCUUCCUGUCUCAACAAAAACUUUAUGGAAUCAACACCAUCAUGCUCUGUGGGAAAAAAGAAAAACCUUCUGCUCCCUUAGCUCUGCUGGAAGCUGGAGGGUGCUAGGCCCCUGUGUAGUAGUGCAUAGAAUUCUAGCUUUUUUCCUCCUUUCUCUGUAUAUUGGGCUCAGAGAUUACACUGUGUCUCUAUGUGAAUAUGGACAGUUAGCAUUUACCAACAUGUAUCUGUCUACUUUCUCUUGUUUAAAAAAAGAAAAAAAAAACUUAAAAAAAUGGGGUUAUAGAAGGUCAGCAAAGGGUGGGUUUGAGAUGUUUGGGUGGGUUAAGUGGGCAUUUUGACAACAUGGCUUCUCCUUUGGCAUGUUUAAUUGUGAUGUUUAACGGACAUCCUUGCAGUUUAAGAUGACACUUUUAAAAUAAAAUUCUCUCCUAAUGAUGACUUGAGCCCUGCCACUCGAUGGGAGAAUCAGCAGAACCUGUAGGAUCUUAUUUGCAAUUGACAUUCUCUAUUGUAAUUUUGUUCCUGUUUAUUUUUAAAUUUUUCUUUUUGUUUCACUGGAAAGGAAAGAUGAUGCUCAGUUUUAAACGUUAAAAGUGUACAAGUUGCUUUGUUACAAUAAAACUAAAUGUGUACACAAA